GCCGCCGCCGCCGCCGUUUCCCCCCCGACGACUGGGUGAUGCUGGACAUGGGAGAUAGGAAAGAGGUGAAAAUGAUCCCCAAGUCCUCGUUCAGCAUCAACAGCCUGGUGCCAGAGGCGGUCCAGAACGACAACCACCACGCGAGCCACGGCCACCACAACAGCCACCACCCCCAGCACCACCACCACCACCACCACCACCACCAUCACCCGCCGCCGCCCGCCCCGCAACCGCCACCGCCACCGCAGCAGCAGCCGCCGCCGCCGCCGCCGCCGCCCCAGGCACCGCAGCCCCCCCAGGCGCGGGGCGCCCCGGCAGCCGACGACGACAAGGGCCCCCAGCAGCUGCUGCUCCCGCCGCCGCCGCCGCCGCCGCCGGCCGCCGCCCUGGACGGGGCCAAAGCGGACGGGCUGGGCGGCAAGGGCGAGCCGGGCGGCGGGCCCGGGGAGCUGGCGCCCGUCGGGCCGGACGAGAAAGAGAAGGGCGCCGGCGCCGGGGGGGAGGAGAAGAAGGGGGCGGGCGAGGGCGGCAAGGACGGGGAGGGGGGCAAGGAGGGCGAGAAGAAGAACGGCAAGUACGAGAAGCCGCCGUUCAGCUACAACGCACUCAUCAUGAUGGCCAUCCGGCAGAGCCCGGAGAAGCGGCUCACGCUCAACGGCAUCUACGAGUUCAUCAUGAAGAACUUCCCCUACUACCGCGAGAACAAGCAGGGCUGGCAGAACUCCAUCCGCCACAACCUGUCCCUCAACAAGUGCUUCGUGAAGGUGCCCCGCCACUACGACGACCCGGGCAAGGGCAACUACUGGAUGCUGGACCCGUCGAGCGACGACGUGUUCAUCGGCGGCACCACGGGCAAGCUGCGGCGCCGCUCCACCACGUCGCGGGCCAAGCUGGCCUUCAAGCGCGGGGCGCGCCUCACCUCCACCGGCCUCACCUUCAUGGACCGCGCCGGCUCCCUCUACUGGCCCAUGUCGCCCUUCCUGUCCCUGCACCACCCCCGCGCCAGCAGCACUUUGAGUUACAACGGCACCACGUCGGCCUACCCCAGCCACCCCAUGCCCUACAGCUCCGUGUUGACUCAGAACUCGCUGGGCAACAACCACUCCUUCUCCACGGCCAACGGCCUGAGCGUGGACCGGCUGGUCAACGGGGAGAUCCCGUACGCCACGCACCACCUCACGGCCGCCGCGCUCGCUGCCUCGGUGCCCUGCGGCCUGUCGGUGCCCUGCUCCGGGACCUACUCCCUCAACCCUUGCUCGGUCAACCUGCUUGCGGGCCAGACCAGUUACUUUUUCCCCCACGUCCCGCACCCGUCAAUGACUUCGCAGAGCAGCACGUCCAUGAGCGCCCGGGCCGCGUCCUCCUCCACAUCUCCGCAGGCCCCCUCGACCCUGCCCUGUGAGUCUUUAAGACCCUCUUUGCCAAGUUUCACGACGGGACUGUCCGGGGGACUGUCUGAUUAUUUCACACAUCAAAAUCAGGGGUCUUCUUCCAACCCUUUAAUACAUUAACAUCCCGGGGACCAGACUGUAAGUGAACGUUUUACACACAUUUGCAUUGUAAAUGAUAAUUAAAAAAUAAGUCCAGGUAUUUUUUAUUAAGCCCCCCCCAUUUCUGUACGUUUGUUCAGUCUUUAGGAUUGUUUAUUAUUCUAACAAGGUGUGGAGUGUCAGCGAGGUGCAAUGUGGGGAGAAUACACUGUAGAAUAUAAGGUUUGGAAGUCAAAAUUAUAGUAGAAUGUGUAUCUAAAUAGUGACUGCUUUGCCAUUUCAUUCAAACCUGACAAGUCUAUCUCUUAAGAGCCACCAGAUUUCCAUGUGUGCAGUAUUAUAAGUUAUCAUGGAUCUUUAUGGUGGACGCAGACCUUGAGAACAACCUAAAUUAUGGGGAGAGUUUUAAAAUGUUAAACUGUAAUUUGUAUUUAAGAAGCAUUCGUAGUAAAGGUGCCCAGGAAAUUAUUUUGGCCAUUUAUUGUUUUGUCCUUUUCUUUAAAAAACUGUUCUUUUUUUCCUUUUGUUUACUUUUAGACCAAAGAUUGGGUUCUAAAAUGCACUUGGUAUGCUAAGUAUUAAAAACAAAAAAACAAAAAAACAAAAAAAAAAACAAAAAAAGGAAAGUUGUUUCAGUUGGCAGCACUGCCCAUUCAAAUGAAUCGGAAGGGGACAAAAUUAAUGAUUGCCUUCAGUUUGUGUUGUGUAUAUUUUGAUGUAUGUGGUCACUAACAGGUCACUUUUAUUUUUUCUAAAUGUAGUGAAAUGUUAAUACCUAUUGUACUUAUAGGUAAACCUUGCAAAUAUGUAACCUGUGUUGCGCAAAUGCCGCAUAAAUUUGAGUGAUUGUUAAUGUUGUCUUAAAAUUUCUUGAUUGUGAUACUGUGGUCAUAUGCCCGUGUUUGUCACUUACAAAAAUGUUUACUAUGAACACACAGAAAUAAAAAAUAGGCUAAAUUCAUAUA